UCUGUAGGUGGCGCUGUCUCCCCGGCACGGUAGUACUGCAGUGUUCCGGGCCGGCGGCGGGUUCCGGUUCGGCGGAGGCGGACAUGGCGGCUAGGAAGGCCGGAUCCCGGCUGGAGCUGGAGAUAGAGCGGAGCCGCUCGGAGUGUCAGUGGGAUCGGAUCCCGGAGCUUGUCAGGCAGCUCUCUGCCAAACUCAUCUCCAACGAUGACAUGGCCGAGCUGCUGUUGGGAGAGACUGGACUGGAGCAAUACUUAAAGGAGAACCCCAUCAAGCAAGGAGCCAGCCCCCAGGGGCCCCGGCAGAAGCUAACCGAUGUCCGCAAGCACCUGACAGCCGCUCUGGACAGAGGGAACCUCAAGUCAGACUUCAUGCAGGAAGCCAACAUGGUCAUGGCCAAGCUGAACUAUGUGGAAGGCGACUAUAAGGAAUCUCUCCGUAUUUACGCCUGGGUGGGGCUAGAAGACAUGGAGCUGGUGGCCGCACCUCCUUACAAACUGCGUAUGAUCGCUGAAGCUUUCUCUACCAAAGGUCUGUGUCUGGAGAAGUUGCCGGUAUCUGCUUCUAUGAACAGCCUCCACGUUGACCGGGACCAAGAGAUCAUCACCUGCUAUGAGAAGGCCGGAGACAUUGCCCUGCUCUAUCUGCAGGAGGUGGAGAGGGCCCAAACCGCAAGUAUCCAGAACCGGAGUCCGAAGCCGGGGCCGUCUGCUCCAGACCAAGAGAUGAGCUUCUUUCUGGAGACCGGGCUCCAGAGGGCCCAUGUGCUCUACUUCAAGAACGGGAAUUUAACACGAGGAGUGAGCCGGUUCCGGGAGAUCCUGAGGGCUGUAGAGACCAGAACCACGCAGAACCUGAGGAUGACGAUAGCCAGGCAGCUGGCCGAGAUCCUCCUACGAGGGAUGUGUGAGCAGAGCUACUGGAACCCAUUAGAACAACCGCCCAACCAGUCACCCUUAGAUGACCCGUUACAUAAAGGUCACAGCACAAAGAGCUAUGCACUAAGCCGCAGGCCCUGGAUUUAUACCGGGGAAAGCAUCUUCUGCCCCCAGGAGAAUACCGAAGAGGCCCUGUUACUGCUGCUAAUCAGUGAAUCUAUGGCCAACAGAGACGCAGUACUGAGUCGUAUCCCGGAACAUAAAAACGAUCGUAUUAUCAGUCUGCAGAGCGCGUCCGUGGUCUAUGACUUGCUGACGAUCGCGCUGGGUAGGAGGGGCCAGUAUGAAAUGCUUUCAGAGUGCUUGGAGCGCGCCAUGAAGUUUGCAUUUGAAGAAUUUCACCUCUGGUAUCAGUUUGCUCUCUCCCUGAUGGCUGCAGGAAAGUCUGCCAGAGCGGUCAAAGUUCUAAGAGAAUGUAUUCGCCUCAAGCCAGAAGAUGCCACCAUCCCCCUCCUUGCUGCCAAACUGUGUAUGGGAAACUUACACUGGAUGGAUGAAGCUGAACGGUUCGCCAAAUUGGUUGUUGACUGCAGUGACAAAACCCCCGAAUUUAAAGCCAAAGGUUUCCUAGCCCUCGGACUCUCCUAUAGUUUACAAGCAUCAGACGCAUCUCUGCGUGGGAUGCAGGAGGAUCUACAGAGGAAAGCCCUCCUCGCCUUCCAGAGGGCUCACAGCUUAACGCCAACAGACCAUCAGGCGGCGUUCUACCUCGCUCUGCAGCUGGCAAUAUCUCGGCAGAUCCCGGAGGCUCUAGGUUAUGUGCGGCAGGCCCUCCAGCUGCAGGGUGAUGACUCCAAUUCCCUCCACUUGUUGUCGCUGCUGCUCUCUGCUCAGAAACACUACCAUGAUGCCCUUAAUAUCAUUGACAUGGCACUCAGCGAAUACCCGGAGAAUUUCAUAUUACUGUUCACAAAAGCAAAGCUGGAAUCACUUUGUCGGGGUCCUGAUGAGGCAUUGCUAACCUGCAAACAUAUGCUGCAGAUCUGGAAGUCUUGCUACAAUCUCACCAACCCCAGUGACUCGGGACGUGGCAGCAGCCUAUUGGACAGAGCCUUUGCCGACCGCCGACAAAUGAACGCCAUGUCUCUACCAGACUUUAGUGACCCGGAUACAGGUUCCGUCCACGCAACAUCCAUCGCGGCGUCACGCGUUGAACAGGCGUUGUCUGAGGUAGCCUCUUCUCUACAGAGCAGCGCUCCGAGGCAAGGCCCUCUGCACCCCUGGAUGACACUGGCACAAAUCUGGCUUCAUGCGGCGGAGGUGUACAUCGGCAUAGGAAAACCAUCAGAAGCCACCGCCUGUAUCCAGGAAGCCGCUAACCUGUUCCCGAUGUCGCACAACGUGCUGUACAUGAGAGGUCAGGUGUCCGAGCUGCGAGGCAAUAUUGAUGAUGCCAAGAGAUGGUAUGAAGAGGCCCUGUCCAUCAGCCCCACCCAUGUGAAGAGCAUGCAGAGACUGAGUAUCAUUCUCCACCACCUGGGCCGGUUUAGCCUGGCAGAGAAGAUCCUGAGAGAUGCCGUCCAGGUGAACUCCACGGCCCAUGAAGUGUGGAACAGCCUGGGCGAGGUGCUCCAGGCUCAGGGCAAUGACGAUUCCGCAACUGAAUGCUUUCUCACAGCCCUGGAACUGGAGGCCAGCAGUCCGAUAGUCCCCUUCACCAUAAUCCCCCGUGUUCUGUGAGCAGAGAUCGGACCUGGGGGUCAUGCACAGAGCAAUGGUGGCAACGCCAAUCAAACGGUUGCAUUUCACUGAUCACAGGUGGCCCUCUCUGGACGAUGGCACAUUUCUUUAUAUUUUCUGUCUGAACGUGGUGAGCGGCUAGCCAGUGGUUUUGGUGUUUCUUGCUGAAUGAAUGUACGCAGACCAAGUGCAGGCAGAAUUGGGUGGGGGGUUGUGCUUGAGGUCUAUGAGGUCACAGAAAGCCAUCCACAGGGAUACAAAGUCUGAAUUUCUGGCUGCCUGAAAGUUAACCAGUCCAGAAUCUUUUCCUGGGCAUUCCUCUGGUCAGUAUCUUUCAGUCAUCUGAGGCUAGUGCAGCACAUACAUGUAGAAAUGGGUUCCAACUUGCAUAGGUGCCGCUUUCUUGUCCAUUGAGGAACACAGGAAGUCACCUGCACCAGUUUGAUUGCUUAACAUGCAUCAAACUGGUACACAGCAUCGUCAGCAACACUCGAUGACAACACGGAUCAGAUGGUAACAAACC